AUGUGUGUACUUAAUUUCCGUUUCACGAAGGCCGACGUUAUUCACUUGGCAAAUGCGCUGCGGUUACCUGAUUGUUUUGUGUGCAAGAAUGGCACUGUUGCUAGCAAAUUGGAAGGAUUAUGCAUGCUUUUACGUCGACUAGCCUAUCCCAAUCGUUUGACUGAUAUGGUUCAAAUGUUUGGUCGGUCCAAAUCCGAGUUGAGUAUGGUAAUCAACAGUGCUCUUGAUUUUGUAUUCAACCAGCAUCAUUCGCUGUUAAAUAACCUAAAUGUACCUUGGCUGGCUCCAGAAAGGUUGAACGAAAUGGCAAGGGCUGUUCACGAGAAAGGGGCAGCCCUUGAUAAUGUAUGGGGAUUUGUUGAUGGCACAGUAAAGUAGUUAAGGUUAUGUUGUGCGAUAUGGCAUUGUAGAGAAGUAAUCAUAAUAAAUUCAGGGGAAAUGUCAUAAAUACUGUGCUCAAACAGUUUUGCUUUAUAAAUGUAGGUACGGCCAAUCAGUCGACCAAAGUUGCACCAGAAUGUUAUGUACAACGGUCAUAAAAGGGUACAUGCCAUUAAAUGGCAGGCUGUAAAUGCUGCAAUAGGACUAAUUGUUCAUCUUUAUGGGCCUGUAGGUAAGUAUUUAAUGAAAUCAAAUACACAUGUAUUUUUCCAGAAGGCAAACGUCAUGAUGCUGCAAUGCUAAUGAUGUCAGGUUUGUACCCCCAACUGGAGGUGUAUUCCCAUGAUGGUAAUGGUAACCCUAUAGCCAUAUAUGGUGAUCCGGCAUAUCCUCAUAGGGUUCAUCUGCAGAGCCCAUACAAAGGGGUAAACCUAACUGAUGCCCAGAAACAAUUUAAUCAAUCCAUGAGUGCUGUUAGAGUUUGUGUGAAGUGGCCAUUUGGAGAAAUCGUGAAGUACUUUGCUUUUAAUGAUUUUAAGAAAAAUCUUAAAAUUGGUCUACAAUCAGUUGCAAAGAUUUACGCAGUUUCAUGCUUGAUUUAUAAUGCUAAAGUGUGCCUUCAGGGUUCUAAUACAGCAAGUUACUAUGGACUGAAUCCCCCAACUAUAGAUGAAUACUUUAGUCAAUCCAUAUAA